GCGUUCGCCCGUCCCCGUGUGCGCAUGCGCAGUCUUUCGCCCCGCUCCUGGCGGAAGGCGGCGGGCAUGGCGGAGCCGCUGCGGGCGUUCCGGGUGCGCAUUCCCGGCCAGACGCAGAAGAUCGGUCUGGCGGCGGCGAGCCUGCGUGAACUGCUGCAGAAGGGCUGCUCGCGGCUGCAGCUUCCCUUGGCAGGCAGCCGGUUCUGCCUGUACGAGGACGGGACGGAGCUGAGCGAGAGCGGCUUCCGAGAGCUACCCCAGAACAGCGAGCUGGUGCUGCUGGGGCCCGGCGAGACCUGGCAGGGCUGUGCCAGCGACAUCGAGCUGCUCCUGGGCAUCUGCUGCAUGCGUCGCUGGGCCGUGGUUGAGGUAGCGCGGACGCUUCUUGCCGACGAGCAGGCCCCGAGCAGGCAGCGGCUGCUGGCGGAUCUCAUCCACAACCUGAGCGAGAACAGCCAGGCUGAGGGCAAGGAGCAGGACCAGGCGUGGUUUGAAGGUCUACAAUCUCGUUUUAAGAGCAAGUCAAGCUACAUGCGUUACAGCUGUGAAUGCAGAAUACGAGGCUACCUGAGAGAGGUUAGUAGUUUUACUCCCAACGUUCAUCCUACAGCAAGAGAUGCGUACAAAAGGAUAGUUGACCUGAUGUCCGAUAAACUGAAAUCUGCCAACUACAACGGGUGCUACUUUGACAGAAGAGAGGAAGAGGCCGCGCGCCUGUGCACUGCAGAGGGGUGGUUCUCCUGUCAGGCAACCUUUGACAGAGCCGAGUGUCCGUGUAAGCAUUCGAUCAACCCUUACAGCAACAGGGAGAGCAGAAUCCUCUUCAGCACCUGGAAUCUCGAUCACAUAAUAGAGAAGAAGCGUGCUGUUGUCCCAGAGCUGGCAGAAGCUGUCAAAACACGAGACGGAAGAGAAGUGAACUGGGAAUACUUCUAUCGGCUGCUCUUUACCAUGGAGAAUUUAAAGCUUGUCCAUAUCGCUUGCCAUAAGAAAACCAAUCAUAAUCUCAGCUGUGAUAAAACUAAAAUUUACAGGAAAAGGAAGAAAACCCAGGAAAUUUCAUAGCACUGAUGCUGGAAGUGACUCCUGUUUUCCAAAAUUGUGUCACAAGGAGCAUCUUUAAAUAGCUCUGGUUUCUUAAAAACUUACUGAGGAGUGCCUGGCAACGGAAACGCAAGUAAUUCAGCUGCAGUCUUUCAAAGUGUAUGUUCAUAUUGUGCCUAAGUCCACUCUCACCGCACGCCUGCCUUGGAUCCCACUGUGUUAAGUGCAAUAAAAUGCAGCUGGGAGCCAGAGUGAGGCCAGAGGCUGACACUGGUCAUGCCUUGUGUUCUCUCUCGCCCAGACAAAUGCGGGCACGGAACUCAAUGCAGAAAUGAAACUGGGACAAAACAUUUCCUAAAAACCAACCCAGGUACACCUUUCUCUGAACAGUUAAGCCAAACAAAGUAUACUUGAAUACAAUCAUGUUUACCCGCCUCUUGAGGGAAUUGCUUUUAUGAAACACUUCCUACUUCAGGACAGAAUACAAAAAGAGAAUUUUUACUUGAAUUUUUUUAACUAUCAACUGAUGGCAUUUGGAUUUUUAGGAACCGCCACUGUAAACUGAUUUUUUUUUACAAUAAAAGAAUCACUGCCAUCUUUGCGUGUCUGUUUGUGGAGACAGAGGUGCCUGAGUGGUUGAUCAGGUGUCAUGGAGCACACCUGGUACUAGAAAGGUGGAGCACUUGUCACUGCUCUGUAAAUAACCAUUCAUUUCUACGGCAGAGCUUUGCUUUCUCCCAGGUUGCUGCCUCUCUUUCUUGCCUCAGCAAAUCCAGCUCGUCCACACAGAGCUGCGUUAGGGCAGUAUUGCUGUGAGGCAUAACUUGCUCACAAGUGCAGGAGCAUUGCUACAAAGAGAACUUUUAAACGACAAGCUCAGUCUCCCCCUCUCAAACACUUAAAUGUGAAAAGUAAGCAGGUAUGUUUUAUGUACAGGACUUAAUUCCAGUGCUCUGAAUCAAUCCUGCCAUCAAAACCAAGGUGGAAACGCUGCACUGGUUUUAGCAUCGCAGCCAGGAUUCUGAUGACAAACACAAUGUCAUCUGUAAGCACACAUUCUACCAACUGAAAAUCACCAUUUUGCACAGUGCUAAAGUAAAAACAAAUGUCUGUGUGUGAAAACAUACGCACUGAUAGAGACGGUAGCAAAUAUGGCAUUUGAGGCAAACUGGGAGAGCUGCUCCGAGAUGGAGUUGUGCUGAAACCCAUGAAUAUGCUAAUAAAAUACUAGAUUUGGAGUGAAAAGGAGCCAAGGAAUACGGUUGACAGAAACAAUGCAUCAGCUGGAGUGGCAACGUGAAGAAAUUAACAUGUCAUGCAUAUGCAGCGUGUUUGGUUUGCAACUCUUGAAUGUUUAACAGACUAUAGCUGUAGAAAUUAAUAUUUAUUUAAACCAUCUGCUGAUAAGAUUUUCUCUAUUUUUAGAAUUGUAGAAGAAACUGUAACAAUAAAGAUUUGGAAGCUUGUUGCAUAAUCACACUUUCAAAGAAGUGUUAUAAACACAGGGCGAGUUAACAGUUCCUGAGAUCAGCUGGGGUCACACAUUAUUUCCUAAAACACAGGCCAAAAUGCCAAAUCUGGUGGCCUGACCCCAUAUUCUGAGCAGUCAAUGCUCAUUUGGGUCUAAUACUCUUUAUCGCCAGCCAUGUGUUUGUUUAGAGAAUUCCUAUUCCUAACCCAUAGAAUUCACCUGAAAAUACUGCACAAGCUGCAUCCUGUGACUGUUACAAAAGGGAAUGCUUACGCUGGGCGGGAGAGGGUAGCGCUCAGCUUCACGUGGUGGUUCAGAGAACUGACGUGCAAUAAAAACAUGAGAUUAAUAGCACUGAACUCACGUUGACACCCAAGCAUUUAGUUUUGCCAGCAGAAUCGCAUCUUAGAGGUUUCAUGCAUUCUGGUUUCAAUGUAAACAGUGCACCACAACUUGCACACCAGAGGCUGAUGUCCCUCUUUGCGAUCAACCAGCUGCGUUACCAUCCAUAGUGCCAGACAUCACAGAAUUGAAAGCAAAAGGACCUCAUUCCAAUAUAGUUUGCUGGGCUAUUUUUAAAAAAGGAAUGAGAGCAAAUGUUCACCUUAGAUAUGGGCUCAAAUUUAUAGAAACACAGUGAGAACUUAUAUCUCCCCUAGUUUUUUUCUUAAAUACUAGUGUUACGUUACAGUUUAUUGCCAAAUCACUGAAAAUUCAGUCAGUUGUUCCCCAGGUUACUGUGGGAAAGCACUGUAUCUGGCAGUUCCAGAAAAACAAACUCAACUAGUUCUUCUCUCUCUGAGAAAAGGCAAACACAGACACCUCAAGUUAGUGGGACAGCCAGCCACCGUAAUGUGGUGCAAAGAAAAAGA